AUGAAACAUUUUUUUUCAAUUAAUAGGAUACUUCCAAAUAUCUCUAUUGAAUUAAAGUUCGGUUUAAAUAAUAUUUUUGAUUUAAUUCAAGAUCAGCAUACCCAGUACAGAAUAUUAAAUGCGAUUUACAUUCUAUGUAUUGAUCUCAAAAAUGAUAUUAUCUUGGAAUCUGGAUCGGUUAUAAACGAUCUUAUUAAAUUGAUAGGAAGAUUACUAGAAUUGGAAAAGUACGAAGAGAAUAAUAAUUUAGAUUUAAACAUAAUUGCAGUUGAAACAUUUUUAGACGUUUUUUUCCUUCUUAAAUUUCCAAAAAAUUGUCAGUUAAUUAACAUAAUCAAUUCAAAAAUAAGUGAAUUAAAAUUAAAAAAUUUUUGGGUCUUAGGUCAAUUAAUAAACGAACUUUAUCAGAAUUCCAGAGAGAGUAACUAUAAACUUCACGAAUCAAUUCUCAUUGAAAACAGGCACAUUGAAAACAGGACCUUCGAACAAAAAGACAGAAAUAUUGAAUCAGAUACUUUAAAUGUGAAGUUUGAUGAACAUUUUGAAGAUUUUCAAGAUAUUAGCCAAAUAUUUGAAUAUAAGAAUUCGAUCAAGAUUGGUGUUCCUACAUAUUUGGAUUUUGAAUACGAGCCAUACAAUAGCAAAAGGAUCAAUUUCUUUUAUUUAGAUGAAGAUGAGAUGGAUGUAGUCUAUAGAAACGUAAAGUUUUCAUUUAGCUUGACAAAUCAAAUAUUGGAAAAUUUGUUUAAUACAUUGAAAAAUUUCCAAAACAAAUAUCAGUAUAACCCUGUUUCAAUUUUGAUAUACAGACUAAUUAUUUACAGAUACACGGAAUUUGGAAAUAAUACAAUUAAUAAACUGAAUCAAUUGAUUGAAAAUUCAAAAUCUGAAGCUCUUGUAACUUCUUUAUUUGAGUGUUCUUUAUUAAUUAAAGAUGAAGAAUUAUAUAAUAUUUUUGAUUUUUAUAUUCAAUUAGAAAACUCUCAUGAUUUUUUAGAUGUAGUUAUAACUAUCAACAACCUUAUUCGGUUGCAUUUGGAAAAUUAUUCAUCUUCGCUAAAUAAAUUUUCUUCUUGGAUAAAGACAAAAAAAAAUGAUCGGAUUCUAAAGCUUGACAGAAAACUUAUCAAUGCAAAUUUUCCAAAUACAUUUGAAAUGGUAAAGUACUAUUUGGACCAUUUUAAAACUGAAUUAUGUUUAAUUUCAAAAAAGUUUCAGAUUUUGGCGUCAACACUUAAAGAAAAUAAUCAUGAAUAUUGUUACAACCACAUUGAAUUAGCUUUAAAUGAGAUUAAAACCUUAAUUUUUUCAACUCCAAUCUUUAAUAGAAACGACUUGUUGGAAAUUAUUCGCAAUUUAUUUUCAAUAAAUUUAGAUGAAUAUAUUAAUUUAUAUUUUUACAUGUACAGUUGUGAUUCUGCAAAUGGCGAACCUGCAAGAAAAAUUAAUAAUUAUUUAGAUACUAAACACUUAAUUAAUUCCACGUUACAUAAUGCAAAAUACUUUCAAAAAAAUUAUUUAUCUAAAUCAGAAUCUUGUGACCUCAGGUUUCGUUCAAUAAAAUUACUUAGAGAAAUUCAAAAUUAUGAUUUUUUAAAAGAAUUGCUAUUUGUAUUACAAACUAUAUCAAAAAGGCAGCAAUUAAUUUUUUGGUGGUAUAUUAAUUCCAAUGAAAUUCCGUUUAUUUCUGAAUUCGUUUCGAAAUUAUUUGCAGAAAGAAGAAGAAUAGGAACAUUACAAUGUUAUUUAAGCUGUAUGGAAAUUGAGUUUACGAAUUUACUUAAUAAUAAUCUUCAAGCUCAUAAUAACGGUAAGUAG